AUGGAGAGCUUCAUUCGAGAUACCGGAAUCUCUAUCGUUUAUGAACCUGAAGACAGCGCUCCAGUUGUAGACAUCCUGUUCGUACACGGCCUCGGUGGUCAUCCUCGGAAGACAUGGACUAGUUCCAAAAAGGCCCCCGGGAUACAAGAGCCGUUAACAACCUCUGAGCCAUCGAGGAAGAGUUCUCGGAGGAGUGUCCUCGGUCGCGCUCUGGAUCGCCUCCAUCGAACAUCUCGGAACACGGCAACAGAACCUAGGCCUGACGCAUUGCACGACGAUGCCAACCCCGCCGUGGUGUUUUGGCCUGUCGACCUUCUCUCCAAGGACUUCCCAGAUUCACGCAUUCUCGUGUUUGGAUAUGAUAGCAAGAUAACUAAAUACUCGGCUGGCGCAGUCAGUGAGAAUAGUGUCUUUUCACAUUCCAAAGAUCUUCUUUUUGCGCUUGCCCUGGAGAGGCCCCUCCAUCGUCCUCUGAUAUGUGUAGCUCACAGCCUCGGCGGCAUUAUUUUCAAGGAGAUGCUUUCGAGAUCUUCAUCAUCCACACGAUGUGAGCAUCAAAAUAUCCUUGAGUCGGUCGAAGCAGUUAUUUUCCUUGGCACACCACACCGCGGUAGUGUAGACAUUGCCGCUAAAGGGGAAGUAGCUCGGUCGCUGCUCAGUGCCUUAGGAGUAGCCACGACUCCAGUCAUUCUAGACUCCCUCGGCCUGAAGAACACAGAUCUGGAGAGAGCACAGGAGGAGUUUUCCCGGCUUUGGCAUACGAAUAACUUUCGGGUCAAGACUUUCCAAGAAGGGCUCAUUCUCCCCAAGUUGGGGAAGAAGGUUGUUCCUGAAUACUCCUCGCUCCUUGGAAAUCAUCGAGAACAUGCUGAGACACUGCAAGCUGAUCAUCUCGAGAUGUGUCGGUACUCAGGGAAAGACGACCCAAACUAUCGCAAAGUCGCUGGCGAGAUCCGCUCUACCUACCUUUUGAUUACGACAACUAACAAACUAGAGUCACUUGGACGCUGGGGAGAAAGGAACAGCCCAGUGCCGAGUGUUGGGGUGUCUCAACAUUCCGGGCACACUUUCCAGGAUCAAGCCGGUAAAGCAUGGCUCCAGUCAUUGUGGUUUCCAGCCAUCAAUAGACGCUACGAGACUUUGGGCAGCCCAGCUGACCAGACAUGUCAUUGGCUUUUUGAUGAUGAAAACUUUCAAGAUUGGCUAAACGGACGAAAUCAGGAAAGACAUCAAGGACUUAUCUGGAUAAAAGGUAAACCGGGCUCCGGAAAGUCAAUGUUGAUGGGAGAAGCGUUCCGUCGAGCAACCCGAAGACAAGCAGAAGCAUCAGUGCCAUCUCAAACAGCGGCGUUCUUCUUUAGCGGCAAAGGCGAUGAACUUGAACACUCAGUUGUCGGUCUUUUUCGGUCGUUGAUCUAUCAGCUUUGUUCCAAGAAUCCCCUUGUCAUGCAAUCUUUCCAAGAAAUUUGUGAUGCAAAGACCAAGACUGGGUGCUUCAUGGCAUCAGAAGUUAUUGCCUGGCAAGAAGCUGAACUCAAGGCAGCGCUAGAAAAGAUGAUUCUCCAGAAAAGAAGCAGCAAAUUAUCGAUCUUCGUCGAUGCUCUGGAUGAGUGUGACUCAGGCAAUGUGCGAGAUCUAGCUUACUUCUGGCGGAAGAUCACAAAGUCAGCCUUCGCUUCCGGGAUCGAUCUAAAAGUCUGUCUAUCGAGUCGGCAUUCCCCCUCUGUCACUGUGAGUGACUGCCCAGAAAUCAUCAUGGAACAACACAACGGCCACGACAUCUCGACAUAUCUAAAACAGAGGAUCGAGAUUGGAAUUGGCAUCCAAAACGCCCAAUGGCAAGUCUUGGAAGAGAAGAUCAGAGAAAGGUCAGAUGGCAUGUUCCUCUGGGUAGUCCUGGUGGUUGACGACUUGCUUCGAAGCUGGGACGAAGGCAGGAGUCUCGAAUACUUGACCAAGCGUGUUCAAAACACCCCGCAAGCUCUUGAGACUCUGUUCUCCGAGAUGUUGUCACAUUUCACACCCGGAAGGAAGAACAUCGCUGUGAAGAUAUUCCAGUGGGCUACCUUAUCCACAAAACCACUUCGUCUUCACGAGUGGCAUCACAUAAUGGGGUUUAUCAGGCAUCCUACACCAACGUCACUUGCUGAAUGGCGAGCAUCAGAUUACUUUACAGCAACCGAUGAGCAGCUGGUGAAACAGAUCAAUACUCUUUCUCUGGGACUGAUCGAGGUAACAGGGGCGAUCGAGGUCCCGCCGCAUGGCUCAGGCUCUGACGUGUCGUCAGUGGGUGUAGACGCGGGAUCGUUAACCCUUGAACACGGAGGUACUAGGAUCGUACAGGUAAUCCACGAGUCAGUACGAGACUUCUUCUUGAGAGGCAAUGGGUUCUCAGCGCUGGACCCGAGUUUCUCGACCCAUGCUAUUGGUCGUGGACACUUGUCUAUCAUGGCCACUUGUCUGGACUAUGUGAACAUCGGUGAGCUCGAUGCCUUGGUAAGGGCACGGCAACGACUUACCCAUCGAGGGAAGGACAAAAAUGAAGGAAAAAGGCCAGCUUCAUUAACGGACUCGAAUAGUGACUGCUCUCUCGGAUAUGAGGAGCGUCCACCACAAGGCACAAUCACUCUACCUCUACGUCGCAAGACUAUACCAGGGAAUGAUAGCAGACCAGAGAAAUCUAUAACAGGCUCCCCUGAGUCACACCCGUUCAUGGCAGUACAUCGAUGGCUAGAAGAGAGCAACACUUCUACUGAUGAGUCGGAUUUGCUAAUCGAUAUUCCACGGGCUCCAUUCUCGGAUGUCUCUGACAUACCCCGCUCCCAGAUUCUAGAGGACCACCCUGCGCUACUCUCGUAUGCUACAUUCGCAAUGUUUGAACACGCUCGCCUAGCUCCCGUCGACGGGGUUGAUAUAACUCCAAUUCUCGAUCGUCUUAAUGAUGAAAUAACAUGGGAUCGUUGGAAAUCGCUAAGAGAGGAUGUGUCGGAGGGAGUAGAACUGCUUGAUUUCUUGGAGGACUUAGGGCUUUUCUCAUGGAUCAGCGCUUUUCACGAUCGAUUCAGUCGUGGUCAAAAGAGACGAGGGAGUCCUCUUACAAAGGACCUCCCAGCAUCAACAAUUGAUACUCAAAGAUCUACUCUUUAUCCGAGUCAUCAGCUAUCGGGAGGUGAGACACGACGGAGUUCGCUUCCCGUGCCUCUUUCAAUACCCCAAGUUGAUCCUCAAGAACACCCUCCUCUAAUGUCCCGCCCAAGAUGGCGAGGCGAGAGCCCCCAAAGCCUUAACCGCGUACCCAGAAGACAAGUCAGUGUCGCCAGCUUCGGCUCUGCCAGUAGCCACGAUGGAUACGACCGAUUCUCCCCAAGACUCGAGAGUCCGAGGCCUGUUAAUUCCAAGGACUUCAGAGGGACACCUGUUAAUUCCCAAGACUUCGGAGGGACAAAGGUUAUAGGAUUCUUCGUGUGUGAAUGCUGCCCCAAGAAACCGAAAAAGUUUGAUACACCAGAAGAACUCGCAGCACACGAGUCUGAGAAACAAUUCGAGUGUUCAUACUGCGGCAAUAGAUUCAAGUCACAAGCGGAAGCAGAGAGGCAUCAGAACUCGCUGCAUAUUAGAAAACACUCUUGGUCCUGUUCAAACCUACCAGGCUACGACAGCGCCUUUCAGGAGUCAAGUCAGCAACCCAAAAAAUGUGACACAUGCGGAUUUUGUGGCGAUGACUUUCCACGUUCUGGUGCGGCCGGGAACGGGACCUAUCCUACAGAACAAGAUUGGGAUGAACGCAUAAGGCACUUGCAAGAGGUUCACAAGUUUAAGGAGUGCAACAGUACGAAGAAAUUUUACCGAGCGGAUCACUUUCGGCAGCAUUUGAAGCAUAGUCAUAUGGCUACUCGCGGGAAGUGGACGGAUAAAUUGGGGGAGUCAUGUCGUAAAAAGGAAAAAGAUUAA